AUGGCUCCCUCAGUAUCAGAACAUACCCCUCGUGAGGUGGGCACUCCGCUGCCCGUGGAUCCACAAGUCCGCCCAGAAACCUACACAUACGACUACAUCAUCGUGGGAGGAGGGACUGCGGGAUGCGUCGUCGCCUCGCGUCUGUCGGAAGACCAGAAAGUGUCCGUGCUCGUCAUCGAGCAGGGCCCGGUCGACGACUCGUGGCUCUCCCGUGUCCCGCUCGCGUCGGGAAACAUAUACGAGGGCGAGCAUCCGAUGGCGCUACGGUGGUGGUCCGAGCCUCUUCGACAUGCCAACAAUCGCUUCCUCGAGAUAUUCCAGGGAAAGGCGCUGGGUGGCGCGUCCCGUGUGAGCGGCAUGCUCUACACUCGCGGUACUCCGGGUGACUACAACAGGUGGAAGGAGCUCGGGAACGAAGGGUGGGGCUACGACGACCUGCUCCCGUACUUUGUCAAGUCCGAAAAAACACACUCCCACCCGGCCUCUGCGUAUAGGGGUAGAGAAGGUGUUUGGCAGAAUAGGAACUUCGCCCACUCUCCGUACAAGGUGACCGACUACGCCGACCGCGCGUGCCAGAAGCUCGGAUUCCCACAGGUGCCAGAUCCGAACGCGCCUAACGUCCCCGCGGCACACAUCGCGGUCCUCGACUCGAUGCAGGACGAAAAGUACAGGCGGAACUCGACCUUCCUCGCGUUCCUGCCCCCGCACGUCGCCCAGGAGCGCAAGGAGAGGCUAAAGAUCUGCCCGAACUCGGUCGUGUGCCGCGUCGAACUCGCCAAGAGUGGGGGCGAUGUGCGCGCGACGGGCGUCCACUUCGAGACGGCGAACCCGCGCAAGGCCGACGCGCAGUACGUCGCCAAGGCGAGGCGCGAGGUCAUAGUCUGUGCUGGCGCGAUGGGUUCCCCCCAGAUCUUGAUGUUGAGUGGACUUGGUCCGAAGGCCCAUCUGGAGGACAAGGGCGUUGAUGUUGUUCUCGACCUUCCCGCUGUUGGAAGCCAUCUGUCAGACCACAUGGGCGUGCCCGUUGCGGUCGAGGUUCCGAUCAAAGACUCGCUCCACCAGCUGGAAGUGAGCCCGCUCACCGCCGUCAAGGAGGUGCUCAAGUACGCCACAACGGGCCGCAGCGUGCUCGCGCGCCCGUUUCAGAACCUCUCCGCCUUCUUCCCCUCACGCCUCGUCGACCCCGCCUCCCACGCGGUCUCCCCGGGCCCCGACGGCGCCGCGGACCUCGACGCGCGCGUGCCCGCGAACCGCCCGGACAUCGAGAUGAUGCUCCUCACGAACAACUGCGCCGACGUCGACACGCCCAAGGGCGUCGGCGUCUUCACGCUCGCCGUCGCGCUCGUGCGGCCGCGGUCCGAGGGCGCCGUGCGCCUCGCCACUGCGAACCCUCGCGUGCGCCCGGCCGUCGACCUCGGCUACCUCUCCGACCCCGCGGACUAUGCGCCACUGCGGUCCGGGAUCCGCCUCGCGCUGCGCGGGGGCGCGAGCGCGAGCAACGACGAGGCGCUCGAUGCGUGGAUCCGCGCGCACCUCCGCACGUUCUGCCACUUCACGUCGACGUGUCGGAUGGGCGCGGAGGAGCGGGAGAGCGUCGUGGACGCGCAGCUCCGCGUGCACGGGGUGAAGGGGCUCCGUAUCGCGGACACGUCUGUCUUCCCCGAGAUCAUUGGCGCGCACACGAUGGCCCCCGCGGUCGCGGUCGCGGAGAAAUGCGCGGACAUGGUGAAGGCGGCGUGGGCUUGA